AUGGGCCUCUCCGCCCUUGUGUUCAUGCGUCCUGCUGGCAGCACCUUCCGAGCUGAACUUCAAGUCGCUGAAAAAGAAGCGAAGAGUCUGGUUUCAGAAGACAUCGAACUAGACCGCAGUUCUUGUCAUGCCUAUGUGCUCAUUGUUGGCGAUGGCAUCUUCUCCCACUGGGCCUCAAUCUGGAUUUUUGAGAGUGGAGAUGUUUACUCAGUGGAGUUGACAGCCAUCGAUCCCAACGGAUACCGUUGGUGGGAGUGUACGUGCAAAAUGCGCAGGUUGCACUCAGUUCCCACUCUGGCUUGGAGCAGCUUGUCCCAGCAAUCAGCGGCUCUUUCCGGCUCUCUUUGGUCGUACUUUUUCUCCGAUGCUGCGUCCUCUGCUGCCGAAACUUUCUCCGCCAGCGGAUCAAGUGAAAGAUCGCCAGACAACAUGAUGCAAGUUACAGCAGUCAUCGAUUUCAUUGAGAAAACGGAGAAGGAGUUCCGCAAGAGCCCCUAUGCACCUACGUUUGCCCGCCAUCGCGAGCACAUCAGAAUCAGCAUCAUGGACUUCAUGGAAACCAGCGGAAGUCGACUCAUGAGCGGCACCUUUGAAAGCAAUGGUGUCGACAUGUUGACAUGCACCGACUUGAUCCAAAGUAUCUUCACUUCUCCUGCUGAGCUUCGGGAAAAGGCUCGAAGCGUACCCCUCCAUGGAGCUUUUUAUGACUUGCUCUUUCACAACUGCCAGCUCUUUCUCCUGCAGCUUAUCUGCCAAAGAUACUUGGUGCCCCUCAAAGUCAUGCCGCUUGCUGUGGGCUCCGUUGUUGCUAGCCCGCUGCUGCUUGUGAUGGAGCUCACGUUUUUGGCUUUGUUUCAGGCACUCCAGACUACUCAGACUACAGAUGUGGCCGCAGUUUUUGGUGUAGCAUGGAUUUGCGCAGAGGCAUACCUGGCGUAUAGGUAUCCUCGAGAGAACAGAUUGGACUACCUUCCAGGGAUUGCGGCUUUGCUGAUCACAGUGCUUCUCCUCAUCUAUCUCAGACGUCAGGGAACUGAUCUGGUGACCGCCAUUCCCGUUCUAAGUUUGCUGUGGGACAUGGUCAUGAUCUUGGAGUCGAUGAGAGUCAACAUGGUGCACCAGAGUCGACCUUUGACCUGGUUAAACGCUGGCUUGUUCAUUCUGGCGGUCGGCCUGGUUGCUCGUGUGCAAUUCCUUAAUGGAUGGCCUGUUCAAGACCUGUUGAUAGUUGUGCUACUGGCGCCGCUACUACUCUGCGAUUGCUCGUGUGGGAACUAA